CUUCUUCACAUUUCCAGUUUCUCAUUGUCAUUACCCUUAUUCAUCUUCCUCUUGUUUCAAAGCAGAAAGCAUCCUUGAUAUGGAAACUUUCCUCUUCACCUCAGAAUCUGUAAACGAAGGUCAUCCCGACAAGCUGUGUGACCAGGUUUCAGAUGCCAUCUUGGAUGCAUGCUUGGAGCAAGACCCAGACAGCAAGGUUGCAUGCGAGACUUGUUCAAAAACUAACAUGGUUAUGGUGUUUGGUGAGAUUACAACCAAGGCGAAUGUGAACUACGAGAAAAUAAUUCGAGACACUUGUAGAGCAAUUGGGUUUGUGUCAGCGGAAGUUGGUCUUGAUGCUGACAACUGCAAAGUUCUGGUCAACAUUGAGCAACAGAGCCCUGAUAUUGCUCAAGGAGUUCACGGUCACAUGACCAAAAAACCCGAGGAAAUUGGUGCUGGUGACCAAGGCCACAUGUUUGGCUAUGCCACAGAUGAAACACCUGAGCUAAUGCCACUCACUCAUGUGCUUGCUACCCAACUUGGUGCCAAACUCACUGAGGUGAGAAAGAACAAAACAUGCCCCUGGCUGAGGCCAGAUGGUAAAACCCAAGUGACAGUUGAGUACAAGAACGACAAUGGAGCCAUGAUCCCUAUCCGGGUGCACACGGUUCUCAUCUCAACCCAGCAUGAUGAAUCUGUCACAAAUGAACAAAUUUCUGAACAAUUGAAAGAGCAUGUAAUCAAAACUGUCAUCCCAGCUAAAUACCUAGAUGACAAGACCAUCUUCCACCUCAACCCCUCUGGUAGGUUUGUGAUUGGUGGACCCCAUGGAGAUGCAGGACUCACAGGAAGGAAGAUCAUUAUCGACACCUAUGGCGGCUGGGGUGCUCACGGUGGGGGUGCCUUCUCCGGGAAGGACCCGACCAAGGUUGACAGGAGUGGUGCAUACAUUGUUAGGCAAGCAGCCAAGAGUGUGGUAGCUUCAGGGCUUGCACGACGUUGUCUUGUGCAGGUUUCUUAUGCAAUUGGAGUCCCAGAACCACUUUCAGUGUUUGUAGACACACACAAAACAGGAAAGAUUCCAGACAAGGAUAUCUUGGCUUUGAUUAAGGAGAACUUUGACUUCAGGCCAGGAAUGAUUGCCAUCAAUCUUGAUCUCAUGAGAGGAGGCAACUUCAGGUACCAGAAAACUGCUGCUUAUGGGCAUUUUGGACGUGAUGAUCCUGAUUUUACUUGGGAGACUGUGAAGAUACUCAAGCCUAAGGCUUGAAUUAGCCACCCAUGGUAUUCAUUGCUACAUGUGGCUAUCACCGUAGCCAUCUUUCGGAUUCUGGGUAAAAGGGAAAUAAGGAAGCUUCAAUGCGUACACCACAUCUCUUACUGAAGAUACGUUUCACAGCUCAAACUAGAAAAGGGAGUAGACGCGUUAGCAGUUAGCACAAUAGGAGAGCAUGCAGCAUUAGCUACCUCUUUAAUUUUGGUUUUACCGCUUAAUUUAAAUUUAUUUACUGUAACCAAUUAUUUUCUUCUGAUUGUUUUGCAACCAAUCCUUGUGCAUUGGUGUAAACUUACGAUGUUAUCUAUUUAAUUUUUUUAAUGGAGUCCAUU